AACCACCCUUCGCGAAAAAAUUCUCACCCUCGAAGAAAAAGUGUUUAACGCCGAGCAGAUCGAGUCCGAGGUGGUUGUGCUAAGGGCGCAGGUUGCCGCCAUGGACGUGCAGAGGGGGGAGCAGACGAAUGCGCAUCAGCAGCAGCUGGAAGCUUUGUAUGCGACGAUUAAGGCGUUGGAGCAGGAGAUGGCUGAUCAAUCGGCUGCUACAGGAAUUGGCGGCUAAGAACCAACGCAUCGCAGAGCUCGAAAAAGCGCUGGCGGAGCAAACGCAGAAGAAUGCACAGUUGGUCAAUGCGGGACAGAACUCGGCAGCCCAGGAACGCGAAAUCGACUCCUUACAACAGACCGUCCAGCGGCUGGAACGGGCGCUUGUUGAGCAAUCACAUAAGCAGACGCAAGCACCCCCGGGGCAACCACAACCCACCCCCGACAUCACGGCCCUACAACAACGCAUCGAAACCCUCGAACAAGCCCUCGAAGCCGAGCACCAGAAAUACGCAACCCUCGAGACCGACCACGAGGAUUUGUUGGUGUACAUGGCGGACCAGGACGAGAUCAUGGAGGGGUUGAAGGCCCAGAUGGAGGCGUUGCGGGUUCAGUCGGCGCAGCCUGAACAUGAUACGAGUACACGUGAGACGAGUCCACAACGGCAGCCGACGGCGGAGUUCCAGCAGCAGCAACAGGCGUAUUAUCCGCACGAGCAGCAAGCCCCGGUGGUGUCGACGGACGUGCCUGAGGGUCCGAACAGAAUAUAUGUGGGGGAACUGCCGACCUUCUUGAAUGAGGAGCCAGUGAUGGAGCUGUUGCAGACGUUUGGGUAUUUGAAGGCGUUUACGUUGAUCAAAGAUAAUUUCACGGGUGUGUCUACGGGCGUGGCGUAUUGCGAGUAUGCGGACCCGACGACGACGGACGUGGCGUGUCAGGGGUUGAAUGGGAUGGAGAUUGCGGGUGGGAAGCUGGUUGUGAGGCGGGCAGACGAAACCAGUGUCGGGUCCGAUCAGCUCGCGGCUCCGCAGGGGGGUUAUGAGGGUCCCGCGUACGCUACGGACGGACAGGGGUACGAUGGAAAGGUAUACGAUGCGAACGUCCACUCCCAUGCACAUACCGGCCACGACCACGGGCACAACCACACUGGGCAUGACCACCACCACCACCACCACCACCACCACCAAGCGCCACCACCAACGUCCGGUUACCCAAACUACCCCACCUACAACUACACAACCCAAGCCCCAUCAAACCAGACACACUCACCAACCCACACCUACCUCGCAACCCACCCCUACACCUCCCCCUCCACUCCCCCAGUCCACUCCCAACAGCACACGUACAAUAAUGCACAUACACAGGAGGGCUACAACAACGGGAUGGUGCAGCAUCACCAACGGCAACAUCAAGGGCAGGGGCAUGGCCACACGUCUCAGCAUGGGGAUGUAACGACCGCGGAGCAUCAACAACCGCACCCGUUCGCAAAGACGGAUACGGCGUCGUUGUUUGGGGAGUCUGCGGGGAGUUUUUUGUGAAAUACAAUACAAACCCGGCCUGCACACCGGCAGCGGAAGUAGAGCAUCUGACGGCAUUGGCGAUUUGCUGGUUUCGAGAUUUCCCCCUCCUCCCCUUUGGUCGUCCUAUCGCCGC